UGGCGCACUUGUCAAAUAUCUAACCAUGAAAUCCCUAAAUUACUCCGAAAUUACCCAAACCCUAAUGUACUCCCCAUACUCCAUUACACAGAACACACACGUUCCUUCACCCCUCACCCAGCGCCACAAACUCUCCCACCAAUCCAGACCUCCUCACAGCCUCGUCGUCCUCCCUCUCCUCCGUCUACCGCCGGACAACAGCAACUCAUACCAGCAGCCUUUUGUCUCCCUCUCCUUUCCUUGUAGCACCCCUCCCUCUCCGUCGUCCUCCACGGCUCCACGCAGCAGCAGGCCAGAGCAGCACGCAUCAGCAGCCGCCGUGGUCCUCCGCGUACAGUAGCAGCACGCACCAGCACUCCCCGUAUCGCCCUUCACUCCGCCGUCGCUCAAGCUUCAAGGUCUCGCAGCGCCUUCCAUCCGCGCAGUCCCUGUUUUUGCCGUCCAGCCCCGCCGUGUCGUCUUCCCUGCACUGUCUGUUUAUCUAGAACGGAGCCCUAGGUUUCAGAUUAGUUGUCAGUGAUGGAGCAUGGGUCACACUCUGAUCAGAGUAAAUCAACUUUUUCUCUGGCAGAUGAGGAUCAUACAUUUGCAAAUUCUAUGAGAUUCACAUUAAAUCAAGAUCCAAGAGUUACAUUUUGUGGGUACAGCAUUCCUCAUCCGUCCGAUAACCGUGUUAACAUCAGAGUCCAGACAACAGGGGAUCCGGCACGAGAAGUUUUAAAGGAUGCAUGUCAAGAUCUGAUGCUUAUCUGCCAACAUGUAAGGAGCACUUUUGAUAAGGCUAUCAGUGAUUUCAAAAAGAGCGAGACUGUAGAGAUUGAUGAUUCUUAAUAGUAAUAUUUUCUAGUUAUACACUUGGUUGUUAUUCUGUGGAGUGUUGAUUCCCCACUGUGUAUGGUUGGCAUCAAAUUUUCAUUAAUAUAAAAGCCCGUUUUGCUUUCAAUGAUGAUGUGUUGGAGACAAGACAAGGGACCUUCUAUUCCUGUUUGUUACUUUGGUUAAUACACAAGUCUUUUAAUUUUUUCUUUAGCAAAUUAAUGACUUUUGAUUACCACAUGCUCAUGCUCCUUGACAUUUUAUUUUGCAUUGAACUAGUUUUACACCAAUAGUUGUUAUCAUCAACCAUGUUUGCAUUUGCUUCUCUAGUCUUGGUAAAAAAUUCUUGUCAUUGGUGCAAAUUACUAUAACCCAGGCCUAGGGUAUUGUUA